AUGUCAGGUACGUACGUUACGUGUCAGGUGAAGCGGCUGUCAGGCGUGGUGGACGACUGUUGCUGCGAGUACGAGACAGUGGACGAACUCAACUCGCACGUGUUACAGCCGCUGCUGACUCAGCUCGUCAACACCACCUUCUUCAAAUACUUCAAGGUUCGUCUGUGGUGCGACUGUCCCUUCUGGCCAGACGACGGGAUGUGCCACUCAAGGGACUGUUCUGUAGGGGAGUGUAAGGACGACGAGGUCCCCCCCGCCCUCCGCUGCCCCUCCCCACCCGCGCCGUCGCUGCUCCCUGCUGACGUGGACGAGCCACGCGACGCUGAACUGGACCCGAGUGCGGAUGAGUCAGCGUCUGCUGAGUCAGCGGCGGGGUCGGUGGACCGAACGGUGGAUCGGAGCGCGUUUCAGGCGUGGGUGGAGGCGGAUAACCCGUGGACGUCUGAUGAUGAGUCAGAUACAGCCUCCCAGGUGUAUGUGAACCUAGCUCUGAACCCAGAGCGCUACACAGGGUACGGGGGCGACUCAGCGCGGCGCAUCUGGCAGGCGAUCUACCAGGAGAGCUGCUUCCAGGACGGCACCAGGGAUGAAUGCACGGAGAGGCGCGUGCUGUACCGACUAAUUUCGGGUCUGCACCAGGCCAUAUCAGUGCACGUGGCCGCGUCGCAAAUAUGGGACUCAGCAGCUGGGAAGUGGGGCCCCAACAUCACCAUCUUCCACCACCGAGUGGCCAAGUUCCCUGAGCGCCUCGCUAACCUCUACUUUACCUUCCUCUUUGUACUGCGCGCGGCCACCAAGGCAGCGGAUUUCUUAUCACGCGCGUCUUAUGACACAGGGAACCCCCUUGAAGACCACCAGACAGCAGCGCUGGUGCAGCAGGUGGUGAGGAAUGGGAGGCUGCAGGCGGCUUGCCCACUGCCGUUUGAUGAGGCGAGGAUGUGGCGAGGGGAUGAGGGUCCGAUGCUCAAGCAGACACUGCAGGGGCACUUCAGGAACAUCAGCCUGAUCAUGGACUGUGUGGGGUGUGAGCGGUGCCGCCUGUGGGGCAAGCUGGAGAUCCUCGGGCUUGCCACAGCCCUGAAGAUCCUCUUCUCUGUUGAUGGCAAUGGCAACGGCAUCGGCAAUGGCAUCGGUGGCAACGGCAAUGGCAACGGUGUUGAUAAGUUGAGUCUGCAGCGCAACGAGGUGGUGGCUCUUUUCAACACGCUCUGGCGCUUCUCCCAUGCGCUCAAGACCACUGCUGAGCUCGUCACCCUGCUCGAGAUGAACCCUUCCCCGGAUGCACCUGUGAUUGGAGCAGCGCCUAUUGCGUCUGUCUCUGGUGGUCCUGCUGCUGCUGGUAGUGGUGGUGGUGGUGGUGGUGGUGGUGGUGGUGGUGGUGGUGGUGGUGGUGACAGUGGGAGUGGUGUGGGUGGCGCUGCUGACACAGUGCCGCUGCAAAAGACCAGCCUGAGCAUCAUCGACACGUGCGAGUUUCAGCGGCUAAGGCACAUCCGCCAGCUAGGCGUCUGCCACUACGUGUACCCGUCAGCCAAUCACACACGACUAGAGCACUCCAUAGGGACCUCCCAUCUGGCCAAUGAGGUGGUGGAAUCAUUAAGGCGGCAGCAGCCAGAGCUGCGGAUCAAUGAUGAUGACGUCAUGGCGGUUACUCUGGCUGGGCUGUGCCAUGACAUGGGGCAUGGGUGCUUCAGUCACAUGCUCGAUAACUCCAUCUUCUCCCACUUCUGCUCUGGAUCCGAUUGGCACCACGAGAAGCGGUCAGUGGAGCUGGUGGAUCGAGUGAUUGACAACAACAACAUCGACAUUGAUCCUGACACCGUGGCCACCAUCAAGAGCCUCAUUCUACCUGACAAGUCCAAGAGGAAAAGGGACUAUAAGGAGAAGGAGUUUCUAUGGGACAUUGUAGCCAAUGCACGCACGGGAAUAGACGUGGACAAGUUUGACUACCUGGCUCGAGACAGCUACUUCUGCAACAUCAAGUCGUGCUUCGAUCACAAGAGAAUAAUCCAGAUGAUGCGAGUCAUAGACGACGAAAUCUGCUUCAAGUACAGAGAGUUGGAGACAGUGAACGAGCUGUUCUGGCUGAGGGCCAAGAUGUAUCGCAAUGUGUACACGCACAAGACGGUCAAGGCAGUGGAGGCCAUGAUCCUAGAGGCCCUCACCCACGCCAGCCACGUCUUCCGCUUUGAGGAGAUUGCACUCACGAAAGAUCUCGAUAGAUUCUGCCAGCUGGACGAUACGAUUCUGCGGGAGAUCCUGCGGUCUCGGGACCCCAGCCUGGCGAAAUCCCAGGAGAUUUUGAGGCAGCUUGAACGGCGACAGCUGUAUCAGUACAUGAACGAGUUUGUGGUGCCGGUGGAUGCGCUUCACCACUUCAGAAAGCUCACAGUAGAUGAGCUGCUGCAGCAUGGCACGGGGUCAUACCUGAGGGAGCAUGGCGACCAAGUGAUUGUGGACAAUAUCAAGAUUGACUAUGGGCAGGACACAGACAACCCCCUCGACAAGGUCCGCUUCUUUGAUACCCAGGAGCACCGGGACCGAGGCGAUCCUUCAAAGAAGCUGUCCAAGUUUCCCAUCCCAUGCCAUCGCAUGAGCACAAUGAUGCCUCAGAAUUACAAGGACAUGACCGUUCGAGUGUACAUCAAGACAAGAGAUCAGCGCCUCGAGGAUGAGGUGAAGGAGGCUUUCGUCAAUUACCAGAUGAAGACAUUUGGUCGGGAAGUCAUGCGCACACCAAGCC